AUGGUGCCUUUAGCCGCAAACCAAGGCUUAGCAGGAUUCAUAUCAUCCGCAUUCGGCAGCGACGCCGUAGCAGCCACAACAGCCAUCAGCAGAGCCACUGGCCACGCUGUCAACACUUCCUUCCCAGACUCUGUCAAACAAUUGCUAGCUGAGAAAAGCAAGUCUGGCUCCUCGCUCUUCGCACAAGAAAAACACAAUUUGUUCAUCGAUGAAACUAGAGAAGCACGAGUCUGGUCUUCGGUUGCGGCACGACUUCAACCAAAUGCCUUCUCCUUCCGCCUGCUCAUGAAUCUCUGCACAUGGGUUGUCGACGGUCUUGACGUCUUGACUGCGGAGAUUGAAGAGAAGCCUGAUACGCCGCUUGGCUGGAGCAGGAAAUCAGAGGUGUUUGUUUUGGGCAUGCAAAUCUUGUACGCUGCUCAACUCGUGUUGAAUCUGAGCAAGACAGGCGUCGAGAUGCCUGUACAAGCAAGCGCUAUUGUCAAGAGAUUGGAGAUGCUACUCAANAAAGGAAAGGAAAAUGGGGUUAAUGGCUUGUGGUUGCAGACUGGCAAGGAAAUUCUGGAGCAGCAGGUCUGA